UUUUAGGGUUUAAGCUUGUUCCUUCAAGUUUGGGUCGAUGGAUCUUAUGUCUCGUCUUCUUAAAUCCUAGAAGAGCAGAGCUCUACGAUAAUACUGAUUUUUCGAUCUUUCCCCCUCUUUUUGAAUAUUUUGAUGCAUAGAUUAGCACGGAGGAUUUAUUUUUGUAGGAGUUUGAUUGAGUAGAGAUCGGUGGGGCGAAUGCUUACAAGUUUUAAAUCUUAUGUUUGCACUUCAAGAUCGUUUAGUUCGGGCCAUGGUUUUCUUGAAAUUCCGAUACAUAGUGGCAUUUGUUAGAAAGGGGAGGGAUCAAAAGGAACUUUUUAGCGAGAAAAUUUCAUUUAUGUUCUUUUUAAAAGGAGGAGUUCUUCGCGAUUUUUAUGAAAGAGAUCAGAUUAUGAUGGGUUGUGAUUUUGAUUUGAAUAAUUUUGUCUGGCCUGAAAGAUGCUAGGGUUUUGGGUCGCUGGAGUAGUUGGGAUCUAUCAAGAAUACCUAUUAAGCCAAUGGAGGACGACACUAAUGCUGGAAAGAAAGAAGAGGAGGAAUUCAACACAGGCCCUCUCUCUGUUCUGAUGAUGAGUGUCAAAAACAAUACCCAGGUACUCAUUAAUUGCCGGAACAACAAGAAGCUACUUGGCCGUGUGAGAGCAUUUGAUCGCCAUUGUAACAUGGUUCUCGAAAACGUCAGGGAAAUGUGGACCGAGAUACCCAAGACUGGUAAAGGCAAGAAGAAGGCUCUCCCUGUUAACAAGGAUAGAUUCAUCAGCAAGAUGUUCCUUCGAGGGGAUUCUGUUAUUAUUGUUCUCAGGAAUCCCAAGUGAGGAUCAAGUUACUCUUGUGCAGAAUACAGGCAUGUCGUACUUGUAGUGCAGCUAAUCUGUGUCUGUCACUAAUAUUGACUUGCGGGUGUGCUGUCCAUCUAUCCUGUGUAAUGGUUUUUAUCACUCUUUUGAUUUGUAUAUCAUUUUUCGACUGGAUUUAGAUUUUGGGUUUUUAACCGAUAACUUGAUAUUGAAGCUUCUUAUAAAUUUUUUACAUGGUGUAAUUUUGAUUAUUUUCAUCAUAUGGAGUAGCAUGCACAUCGGAUCAAGUAGCACAUGAUAUGUUUUUUUUUUUAAUGGUUUUGCAAUAUCAAAGAGAUUUAAGGUCA